ACUGCAUCAGCAUCUAAAUCCUCACCAGGCUGUCAAUUUCGUCUCAAACCUCUUUCCUGUUUCAUUUGGAAGCCACCAACUAAACCCGUUCGGAGCACAGCCAACCGUUGCACCAACACAUCACCAUCAACGCCAACAUUAUCGCCAUCAGCAUCACUAUUAUGGUCAAAAUUCUCUUCAACAGCAGAAUCACUAUCAAGGACAGAGCAUCUCAGCUGGAAAUGAGACUAUCCUUGAUCUUACUUUCGAGGCUCCAAUCUAUUCCAAUCAGCAACAGAAUCAAGUCCAUCUUUCAUCCGUUAAUCAUAUAAAUCACCAGCACUAUACGCACUUGAACUUAGUACACAAUACUAAUCCAUAUCACCAACUGCAUUAUAAUCAUAAUUCUUGCUACCGUACUCCUCAACAACACUUGCAUCAAAUCUAUGGCCAGAGUUAUCACGGUAAUCCACCUGUUAGCUUUCACUCUAAGCCUUUAUUAUCUAAGCAAUCUCCUUUCUCUCCUUUACGCAUAUAUGCAGGCGUAGUGGCUGACGCUGCUGGUGCAGCUCCACAACCCGAUACUUAUGUUUCCACUGCUACGCAUUGUAAUGUGGGUAGGGGUAAUUUUAAUACUACUGGAGCGCAGCCUACUGUGAAACCUAAAUAUUAUAACCGGGGUAUAUCAUGUCAUGAUGAGGCUUCUGAUUCUGUCCAGGUAUCCAGCAUGUUGGUUUCUGUCGGCUCUUUGGAAAAUACGCAACUAUGUUCGACCAACCACAAUGAUGAGGCUUACUAUUCAGCCGAGACCAGCUCCAUUGAGAACCCACAACCAGUGAUGAUCGUCUGUCAGGAUACAGCCCACUCGGGCACUGUAGAUAGGCCUGCUCUCCGUAAUUCCGCUCGAUCAGUAAAAAAACGAGUAACCCCAGCUUCCUCUAAUUGCUGUCGCGAAAUUUCGCCUAUACGGGUGGCAAACAGCGAAGGUAUCGACAUGGAUCAAGAGAACAGCCCCAAUUUUCCUAUUACUGGAACUCAGCUUGCAAUGGUAACCGUAUGCUCUGCUGUCGACAGCUUACAUUUAGCCGACGUCGAACCCAGUCACAAGAUGGAGCAUACAACACUCAAUCCUUAUGGAGCAAGCCCCAAUCGCUUGUUAUUCGAUGUUCCCCAUUCUUUGGCAUUUCCUGCUUCUCUGUCAGGUGACUAUUAUAGCAGUCGCAAUCAGACAGCAAUGCCAAAUAAUGUCGCUUCUUAUCCUAUUUUGCCUACUUCUUAUUCAUCUUCUCGCUGCCAAACGGUGACAUGCAAUAAGGAUUCGCCUAAUCCCCAUAUUGAACACGAUUCAGAUGCAGGUCUUCAAGCCACCGGGCCAACAGAUGUGGGCGUCCAGUUCGAACGCCAAGCCACUAUUUGGAAACGAGACCCAGUUGCUCUGGCGAUUAAGCCUAGGGACGUCUCCGGUAUCGAUAACAAAAGCCGAGCCAAGAAACGCAGGGGCCAUAAAGCUGGUAAUUCAUGUAGCGCACAGGCCCCUCACACAAAGAACCGAGCAACUUCAGUCGCUGCACCAGAUAUUUGUGAAGUGAGCGUUGAAAUUGAUGGCAUAUUUGAUGACGGAAAAGUGGCUAAAACACAUAGCAAGUAUGAUGAAUUAAAGGAGCAGAGUGAUAAAAGCUUGGUAUGGAACCUUAUGAUUAUCUGUUUUCAAAACCCAUUUUAUUCUCCUGUAAAAUACUUUUUCAUAAACACGCUUUGCCUCUACUUUUCCUUGAUUCAGCCUCAUAAAUACUUAGUUAAGCAAGUAUUUUUCAUUUCUUGGGUUAAAAAUUUGAGUUUAUAA